AAAGCAUACUUACUAAUUUGAUAAGCAAGAUUACUAAACUAUUUUCUGGAACCGGAAGCUGCCCUAAUUCCUUCACUCAAAACAAAACUUUAUCUGACUUUCGUGAACAAGUUUGAUUUACAGAAACUGGUUCAUUGAAAGAAAAGAGUGCGUUCAAACAUAUGACACAAUGGCCUGUUGACAUGAGCCCAUUUCGCCGCCUUUGUGUCUCCAAGUGUUAAAAGUGAUAAUUGACACAGUGCCGAAUGGAGAAAGCCUUUGAAGAAACUUCUUGACGUUAGUUAGGAUCCAAACGCCUCACAGUAACCUUGACUUUCAAUUCAGUGCUUCAAGAUGCCUUCUUUUCGAAGAUCAUUGAUAUCCAUUAUCUUGACGCUUUCCGUGCAAGCAAUCAGCGGCGGAUAUCCCAUCAGACAGGCAGGGCAAUGUGGUCCUUACGGCUUUAUUUGCGAAAACGCACGCAAACUGCGUCUUUGCGACGGAACUAACUUAUUCGGUCCGACGUUCAACUGUCCGGCGAACACGAUCUGUAGCGAGGACUCGAGUGACGUCUGCGAGGAUGCCAUCAACCACUUCGAGUCGUCAGUGACGAAGAGCAUCAGAUGUCGCCGCAAUGAGCGCCUGGCCGACCCCAGCGUGCCCGGCUGCAAGGGCUACAUCCUGUGCAUCCCGAACAAGAACCGCUUCCAGGGCAUCAAGUUCAAGUGUUCAGGUAGCACCGUUUUCAACGGGGUAACGCGAACCUGCUCUGACCCCGACAAGUACAAGUGUCCGCUCAGCAACUCGACCACAACGACUUUCACAGGUAACAACAGAAGACAUGACGUCAGCCAAGAAGAUGUAGAGUUGGAUGACUGGAGUAGCCCAGUGAAGAAGCUGAGGCCGAUUGAUUGUAAGAACUACAAGUUUAGAGUGACGCAGAAUAGUAUGGGUCGGCCGGCGCGGGCCACCUACUUUUGUCCGUCGCGGCCGCCGCCGGGUGAGCGGGCCACCAGGUGCACGGUGUUCUCUAAUCAAUUCUGCAUCACGUUGGAGAGAGAUGAUGAGGACCAGUUCGCGCUGGAAGCCGGCAUCGCCUACCGCAAACCGAGACUCGAUCUACACAAAUGAAAGUUAUGUUUGGACAUUGAUGAAAUUAAUUAACACUCGAGAGAAACUUUUAUAAUAAAUUUAUUUUUAUAC